AUGGCCCAUGCUUCUGCUUUCCCAGCACUGAACGUUGUCUCGUCGCGACACAGUGUUAAAUUGCCUGUCUUCGUCCACAUCGGCGGCUUUGCACCGCACAUGUCCAUCACGACGGACGGAACACACAACACAGAACAGGAAUGUACGCCCAAAGCGAACCUCGCACGUCCACGUAAAGAGACUCUGUGCGAGGAUUAUAAAGGGCGCUGGUGGUCUCUUCUCCUUCGUCCUCACCGAAAAGAUCUUUUCCAGCAAAAUACCGCCCUGAAGUGA